GAAGAAUCCGACGAAGAACCAGUUGAAGCUGAUAUGGAUGCAGAACAUCCAGACUCUGAUGCCGAAGAGGCCGAAGAAGAUACCGCUGAAGCUAUGGCUGAAUUCUAUGCCGAUGAACAAGAGUCAUCUGCUGCUAAAUCACAAGUCCAUACCACAUUCCAAACUCUUCAACUUUCACGUCCUGUUCUUAAAGGGUUAGCCCAAUUAGGUUAUGUCAAACCAUCCCCUAUUCAAUCUGCAUCGAUCCCAAUUGCCCUUUUAGGUAAAGAUAUUGUUGCUGGUGCUCAGACUGGUAGUGGUAAAACUGCAGCUUAUAUGAUCCCAAUUAUAGAACGUUUAUUAUAUAAACCAUCCAAAGUUCCUUCCACAAGAGUCAUUGUUCUUACACCAACUCGUGAAUUGGCAAUUCAAGUUUGUGAUGUUGGUAAAAAAUUAUCCCAAUUUAUAAAUAAUUUAAAUUUCGGUCUUGCUGUUGGUGGGUUAAACCUUAGACAACAAGAACUACAAUUAAAAUCCCGUCCUGAUAUUGUUAUUGCUACCCCAGGUAGAUUAAUUGAUCAUAUUAGAAAUUCACCUUCAUUUUCAAUUGAUAAUUUAGAAGUUUUGGUUAUUGAUGAAGCUGAUAGAAUGUUGGAUGAAGGUUUCCAAGCUGAAUUGACUGAAAUCUUAUCCUUGAUUCCAAAAUACAAACGUCAAACCUUGUUGUUUUCUGCCACCAUGAACACCAAAAUUCAAGAUUUAAUUCAAUUAUCUUUGCAGAAGCCAGUUAGAAUUAUGAUUGACCCUCCAAAGACUGCCGCUUCUAAGUUAAUCCAAGAAUUUAUUCGUAUCCGUAAAAGGGAUCAUCUUAAGCCAGCAUUAUUAUUUCAAUUGCUUAAAACAAUUGAUCCAAAACAACAAAACAGAAUUGUUGUAUUUGUUUCUCGUAAGGAAAUGGCCCACAAGUUGAGAAUUAUCAUUGGUUUGCUUGGUAUGAAAGUUUCUGAGUUACAUGGUUCCUUAACCCAAGAACAACGUCUUAAAAGUGUUUCUGAUUUCAAGAAUCUUGUGGUUCCAGUAUUGAUCUGUACCGAUUUAGCUUCUAGAGGGUUGGAUAUUCCAAAGAUUGAAAUUGUUAUUAAUUAUGAUAUGCCCAAGACCCACGAAGUUUAUUUGCAUAGAGUUGGUAGAACCGCCAGAGCAGGAAGAGACGGUGUUUCCAUAUCAUUUGUCGGAGAAUCCACUCAAGAUAGAUCAAUUGUUAAGGCUGCUAUUAAAUCCAUCGCUGAAGGUAAUUCCGGUAAGGCCAUUUCAAGAAAUGUCGAUUGGAACAAAGUGGAAUCAAUUAAUAAGAUAAUCGAGUCUAAGAAAGAAAUCAUUGAAGAAGUUCUCGAUGAAGAAAAACAAGCUAAAGAAAUUUUGCAAGCGGAAAUGGAAUUGACCAAAGCAUCCAAUAUCAUUAAGCAUGGUAAAGAAAUUCAAGCUCGUCCAAAGAGAACUUGGUUUGAAAGUGAACGAGACAAGAAGAAACAUCAAACUGAAGUCAUGCAACAUUUGACCAAACAUGGUAAGAAGGUUAAUUCUAAAAAGAGAAAGGCAUUAGAAGUUAAAAAGGAGGAUUCAGGAAGACUGUACAAAAAGACCAAGGUUGAUAGAACUAAUAACCAAAAGAACCCAAAGAGAAAUGCCAGUAAAAAGGGAAAGAAAAGAAAGUAAUUUAUACAUAGCCAUUAAUAGAUAAAUCCACAAUUUGCAGUAAUUUUAUUUUGCAGGAAUUAUCCGUCACGUGCUGAUAUUCCCGAACGAUUUUUUUUUUGUUGUUGUUAUUUCCGAACACCAAAGUUAAUACGGUGUCCCACUUGCUACAACACAUCAAUCACAUCACAACCAAUGAUAUUAUCAAGUGGAUAUUCGAAAUUAUUCAAUGGCUACCAGCCGAAUGAUAUCAACAAUCCUUCUAAAUUGCUUGUCCAAAUAGUCAUUCUUCAAUGCUUCUACUAUUUAUCAGCAUUGGUAAUGUUUGGUUUGUUUGCCUGGCUAAAUGGAUACGACUUUAAGAUAGAUUGGAUAUUCCUGUGGGAGUUAGUAGCUUCUGAUAAUGCUAUGGGACUAACCCUUUUCAUCCUUUGGCUAUUUGAUUCUUUAUUGUGUGUCUUAUUUGUCACCAUAAUUGUUGGCAGAUCAAAAUUAGCAUGGGAUUUUGCCAUCACUGUUCAUAUUAUAAAUUUAAUCGUGGUGUGGUCAUAUAGCGGGAAAUUCCCCACAUCCAUCCUUUGGUGGUGUUUACAAGUUUUGAGCGGAGUAAUAUUGGUAACUUUGUCAACAUAUUCAACCAGAUGGAAGGAGUUAAGAACCACGUUUUUUGAAAAUAUGUUAGAUCAACAGGAGUUAGGACAAGUUCAACAUACAAACAACGAGGAAUUUGAAAUGACAACUUUUCCAAAAGACAGUCUGAGUCGAGCCUAAAUAAAACUACUGCAUCUCACAAACUUUUAUGGAGUUCGAGCGAGACAAUCUUGUGCAUUAGAAUAUUAAACUCGACUGUUUCUUCAUAUACAGGAUUCCUUGCCAUGGAAGUUGUUUGGAGAGGAUUUUUUUUUUUUGUUACUUCAGUUGGAUUGAAUAACCGUAUUAAUCAUUAGAAUGAGGGGUUCAAUUAUUUACUGAUAAUUGACUAAGUUACACAAUGCUUCUAACUCCGAUUAUAGUUCCAUUAUAUUUACUUUAACAUUUCAUUGACGCCACAGUUUUGAAUGCUCAUCAGGUGAGUGCGGCACCGCUAAGCGCGGCACCGUUGGAAGAAGAAGAAAAAAAGAAAUAUAAGCCUGCAAAUAUUUCUCCUUUUAUCUCAAGAUCAUACAACACCUCCAUCACAAUGGCAAUUAAAUCAGUGGCAAUCAUAGGUGCCGGACCUUCAGGAUUAAUAUCACUAGACUCUCUUAUCAAAGAACAAAAGUUUGACCUCAUCAGAGUAUUUGAGCGGAGGAAAGAGGCAGGAGGUUGUUGGAUUUAUGAUCCCCAACCACCAGAACCCAUUAAAUCAUUUGAUAAAUUAUCCAAGGGAGAAAUUGAAAUUGAUGAGAUACCUCAAGUAUUACCUACAUAUGUUCCAAAAUCACACACCCAAAGGUUCAUGGAUACUGCAACUUAUUCUUAUCUUGAAUCUAAUGUUGAAGCAACCUCAAUGGAAUUUAGCCAAGAAACUUUCCCAAACCAAGCUAGUAAAUUAUCCAAAAGUAAAUACGGGGAAAAUACACCAUUUAGACAUAACUCUAUACUUAAGAAGUUUGUAACUGAUCUUUAUAAAACAAGAGGGUAUGAUGAUCACAUUGAAUUUAAUUGUUCAGUUGAAUUAGUUGAAAAGGUGAAUGAUAAAUGGAGAAUUGUAUUGAGAAAAUUUGGCAAGAACCAAGAUUAUAUCUGGGAGGAAUUCUUUGAUGCUGUAAUUGUUGCCAGUGGCCAUUACGACGUUCCUUAUGUUCCUAGUAUACCAGGUUUACAAGAAUUCAGUGACCUUCCUCUGACCACUGUUAUUCAUUCCAAAGCGUUCAGAAGCAGGGAACAAUUUCGUAAUAAAAAGACUAUUGUGGUUGGUGCUUCUGUGUCAGCAAUGGACUCAGUACAAGAUAUAGUGGACGUUGUCAAGAAACCUGCCAUAUCAUCACAAAAGAAAACAAGUGGACCUCAUGUGUAUUUUGGAACUGAAGCAUUUGAUCACCCUCACAUUCAAAAAAGAACGCAAAUUGUCAAGAUUGAAACGGAAACCAGAACUGUUUAUUUUGAUGAUGAUACAACCGAAUCAGACAUUGAUGCUAUUAUAUUUGCAACCGGAUUUAUCUAUAAAUAUCCAUUUUUGCCCAACUUCAAUGUAUCCAACCAUCGUGUAAAGGGAUUAUACCAACUUAUAUUUAAUAUUGACGAUCCGACAUUGGCAUUUGUUGGUUCCAUCACUGCCGGAUUAACCUUCAAAGUAUUUGAAUGGCAAGCGGUAUAUGUUGCAAGAGUAUUUGCUGAACGAUCAAAACUUCCACCUGUGAGUGAGCAAAGGUUAUGGGAACAGAAAAGGAUUGAACUUAAAGGGGACGGUCCAGCUUUUGUCAACCUAUAUCCUGAUUUUGAAGGAUACUUUGAAGAGGUUCGUAAACUAGCUGGGGAUGAGGGUCCAGGAAGGAAACUACCAGUAUGGAAUCCAUAUUGGGAACAUUGUUAUUUCAGGGGUCACUUAAGAAGAAGAAAAUGGUGGACUGAUAAUAAUUAUUGUAAUGACAAGGUUAAAGAAGUAGUCAAUGAAAUUGAAGAAAUUAAGUUAUAGAUUGUAUACUAGAGUAAUAGAAUAUUCAUGUGUAGACUAAAGAAUGGGACUAGAAAUCUGAUGAACAGGGUAGAUCAAAAGUGCUGUUUGGAAGGUGCAGUUAACAGUUUAUA